GAGAGAUCAGAUCACAUUCGCACUGUCAAACUUCACCUUCGUCAAUCUCUCGACGUCAUUCUCGUUCAUGUCCGAUUCUCUGCAAUGCUUCGCGACAUGCUGAUACUCGGCAAUUCCCCCCCUCCGCAGUCUCCAGCGGCCGCCGCAGCUCGCUGCCGCCGAAGUUGAGCUGCAGCUGUGCUUCGGGUACGGAUCGAUUGGCCUUGUCAAUUGAACGCUUACUUCUGGUUCAUCUGCUCGUAUGUGGCAUCUUUUACAAUGCGCUAUAUCCUGAGAACCGAAGGAAAGCAACGAUUUUGGCUUCUCUCCGAGGAAUGAUUGAUGAUAUUGUGGGCAUCAGUUGAUCCAAGAAGUGAUUUUUUUUCCCUUUUCUUGAAUUCAAUCAUUCGUUUUGGCCUCUUGCUCUUGCUGGGUUUGAAUUCUGAGUUCUUCACUGCCCGGUUAGCAUGAAGUGAGCAUAGGAAGAUCCGAAAGAGAAGAUUUUGCUGAAGAGGAACAAGGAAUGCCUCUGAAGAACCCUAACUCCUCCAUUGUUCCUUCCACCCUACCAAAACUUUGCUCAGUUCACUCCGCAUUUCUCACUUUCACUUUGCUAGUCUUUACCGUAACCAUUCUUUUCUUCCUGAAGUCCCCUCCUCAAUCCCAUCCUUCUCCCCUUCUUUCCCGAAGCACCUCUAAGGAACCCAACGAGUUUAUCAGAGUCUACCUCGCUGAACUGCCGAGGUCCCUUAACUAUGGCCUCCUCGAAGAGUACUGGUCAUCAUCUUAUGUCGAUUCACGUGCUGCCAGUGAUCCAGACCAUGGAUUUGGGAAGAUGAAUUCGCCCAAACCCACCAAGUUCCCGCCGUACCCCGAGAGCCCUUUGGUCAAGCAGUACAGUGCUGAGUAUUGGAUAUUGGGUGAUUUGAUGACACCUCAAGAAUUGAGGACAAAUUCUUUUGCGAAAAGGGUUUUCACGGCAGAGGAGGCAGAUGUUAUUUUCGUGCCUUUCUUUGCAACACUGAGUGCAGAGAUGCAGUUGGGGAAGGACAAAGUGAAGUUCAGGAAGAAGGAGGGCAAUGAGGAUUACAAGAGGCAGAGAGAGGUACUUGAUUUAGUGAGAAAUUCUGAGGCAUGGAAGAAGUCUGGUGGACGAGAUCACGUCUUUGUUCUCACUGAUCCAGUUGCAAUGUGGCAUGUAAGGGAGGAGAUAGCCCCAGCUGUUCUCUUGGUUGUAGAUUUUGGUGGAUGGUUUAGGCUCGACUCAAAGUCUUUGAAUGGAAACUCAUCAGACAUGAUACAGCACACUCAAGUUUCGCUCCUCAAGGAUGUUAUUGUACCUUACACUUAUUUGCUCCCCAGACUACAUCCAUCCAAAAAUCAGAGACGCCAGACCCUUCUCUAUUUUAAAGGGGCUAAACAUCGACAUCGGGGAGGUGUUAUUCGAGAAAAACUGUGGGACCUGUUGGCGAAUGAGCCCGGCGUUGUCAUGGAAGAAGGCUUCCCAAAUGCCACUGGGAGAGAACAGUCGAUCAAAGGAAUGAGAACGUCUGAAUUCUGCUUACACCCAGCUGGGGACACCCCUACUUCAUGCCGACUCUUUGAUGCCAUUGAGAGCCUCUGUAUACCCGUUAUCGUGAGUGACAACAUCGAACUUCCAUUCGAAGGGAUGUUGGACUACUCGGAAUUCUCUGUCUUUAUUUCUUUUUCCGAUGCUUUGAAACCCAAGUGGCUAUUGAGCCAUCUCAGGAGUUUCUCGGACAAGCAGAAGGAUCAGUUCCGUAAGAAGAUUGCUGAGAUUCAGGAAGUUUUCGAAUACGAUAAUGGUCAUUGGGGUGGUAUUGGACCAAUCCCACCUGAUGGUGCAGUGAACCACAUAUGGAGAAAGGUCCAUCAGAAGGUUCCAUUGAUCAGAGAGGCGAUGAUUCGGGAGAAGAGGAAACCACCAGGUGUCUCGAUUCCUCUUCGUUGUCAUUGUACUUAAAGUACAGUUAUAUUGUUUUAUUCGUUGUAGAUUCACGAAGAUGUAUUUUGUAUGUGCGAAAGUGUUGCAGCAAAAGCUACUAGUGUGGUCAUUAAAGUGAUAACAGAGAUGGCUAUUUAUUUGUUUCCCUGGAAAGUGCCUUUUUAACGCGACACCAUUUACAUAUUUA